AUGGCCGGCCGACUGCUCACAGCAUUAACUUUUGCCCUAUCAGUCCUCGGCGUGACGGCGGCUCCCGCCCCGGAGCCGGCCCGUAUCAAGUCGUCGACGACGGGCAAGACGUACCUGGGUAUCCCUAUUUCGAACCCCGACGUGCGCAACCCCGUGCCGAACCGCUACAUCGUUGUCUACAACAACACCUUCUCCGAUGAGGAAGUCGAAGCCCACGAGACCAUGGUCAUUAAAACUAUCGCCAAGCGCAACCUGGGCAAGCGUAGCCCACACACUGGCAAAUUCCUGUCGACUGCCGUCAAGACCUUCAAGGUCAAUGGCUGGCGCGCCAUGUCUCUGGAGGCCGAUGAUGUGCUGAUCAAUGAGAUCUUUGAGAGCAAGGAGGUCAGCUACAUCGAGCAGGAUGAGUAUAUCAGCCUCAAUGCUCGGUCCUUCCAGGGCAAUGCGCCCACGGGUCUGGCUCGCAUCAGCCAUGCCACGGCUGGCAAUCGUGGCUACAUCUUCGACGACAGCGGUGGCGAGGGCAUCACCGCGUAUGUCGUUGACACUGGAAUCAGGCUCACACAUUCUGAGUUUGAGGGCCGCGCUGUCUUUGGGGCUAACUUCGUCGACAAUUCGCCUGACGACGAGAACGGCCACGGCAGCCACGUCGCUGGCACUAUUGGCGGCAAGACCUUCGGUGUUGCCAAGAAGGUCAAGCUGGUCUCCGUCAAGGUACUCGAUGCCGACGGUUCCGGUACCAACUCUGGUGUGCUUGAGGGCAUGCAGUUUGUUGUCCGCAACGUCACUGCCCUCGGUAUCGGUGGCAAGGCCGUCAUGAACAUGUCUCUCGGUGGUUCCCGCUCUCGUGCUAUCAACAGCGCCAUCAACCAGCUUGAGGCCGCCGGCGUCGUCCCCGUUGUCGCCGCCGGUAACGAGAACCAAGACACCGCCAAUACCUCACCCGGCUCCGCUGAGGCCGCCAUCACCGUCGGCGCUAUCGACCCCCGCAACGAUCAGCGCGCCUCCUUCAGCAACUUCGGCUCGCUCGUCGACAUCUACGCCCCUGGUGUCCGCAUCCUGAGCGUCGGCAUCCGCAACGACAACGACGAGGCCGUUCUCUCGGGCACUUCCAUGGCUGCGCCCCAUGUCGCUGGUCUUGCGGCCUACCUCAUGCGUCUGGAGGGCAUCACGGGCGUGCAGGCGGUCUCCAACCGCAUCAAGGAGCUCGCGAGACGCACGGGCGCCCGCGUGCGCAACAACGUGCCCGGCACGACCGACCUGAUCGCCAACAAUGUGGAGACGGAAGUUCCGGGGGUGAUUGUGAAGCCUACGCCUACGACGACAGCCGUGGCUACUGCUACCCCGACGCAGAGGACGGGUCGCGGCCGGGGAAGGUUUAGGAAUAGGCCUUUCCGCGCGGGCAGCACAUGGCUGGAGAAGUGGUUCCGUGAGCAGCAGAAGCAGCAGAGGAAUGGUGCUGCAGUUCCUACUUCUACGCCUACGAGUUGA